AUGAUGUCUGGCGAAGCAUGGCUCUACCUGUUGUCGGUGUUGAUCAACGCCGUCAACCUUUUCCUUCAGGUGUUCUUCACCAUCAUGUACAGUGAUCUUGAGUGUGACUACAUUAACCCCAUCGAUCUUUGCAACCGUCUCAACGCCUACAUCAUCCCCGAAGCCGCUGUCCACGCCUUCCUGACCUUCCUCUUCGUGAUCAACGGGUACUGGCUCGCCAUCGUGCUGAACCUGCCUCUCGUCCUGUUCAACGCCAAGAAGAUCUACGAUAACCAACACCUUCUGGAUGCGACUGAGAUCUUCCGCAAGCUGAACGUACACAAGAAGGAAUCCUUCAUCAAGCUUGGCUUCCACCUCUUGAUGUUCUUCUUCUACCUCUACAGCAUGAUUGUCGCUCUCAUCCGUGAUGAGGGAAACUGA